GAGAUGCGAGUUCAUAUGGAUUGUGCUGGAUGUGAGAGCAAGGUCAAAAGCUCCCUUCAAAAACUCAAAGGGGUUGACGAAGUGGACGUCGAUAUGGGCAUGCAAAAGGUGACAGUCACCGGAUAUGCCGACCAGAAAAAGGUUCUUAAAACCGUUCGGAAAACCGGCCGGCGAGCUGAGCUGUGGCAGUUGCCCUACAACCCGGAGCACCAUAGUGUUGGUAAUCACUACUACAAUCAACACCAAUGCAAUGGACCAAUGACAUAUUAUGCACCACAGCCUUCAUCAUCUUACAAUUACUACAAGCAUGGAUAUGAUAGCAAUUAUCCUUCUUACUAUCGUUAUCCAGCUCAUUCCACCAUUUUUGGUCAUCAAACAGGUUCAGCUUUCAGUGACGAGAACCCUCAUGCUUGUUCUAUAAUGUGA